CACAACGCCAAACAGGAGUUACCCAAAACAUAAUGGAAGAUAAGGCAGUGAAGAUUUCGUUUAUUGUGACCGUUUUAAUAGCGUCACUCCUCGGGAUUAUUGCGCUCGGCUUGAAUCCGUAUAUUGGACAUUCGAACCUAUCAAGUCGACUUAACUGUACCAUCGCUUUCAACAUCAUCGGCGUCAUCUUGCUGUUGGGGGCUGCAAUCGCAUUUCUUGUCCUCAUGUUUGCACAAACUGGUCGUGGUAAACUUCUCCUGAUUAUCACCUUCAUACUCACUGCGGUCGGAUUCAUCUGCUAUGCCAUUUCCAGCGGUUGCGUUUUUGGUGGCAGUACCGAUUUCGCCGCAUGGAUCCUGUCAGCUACUUGGGCCAGCGUAGCUUCUGUCGUUCUGGCUAUACUGUUCUUUUUCUUUUACUCUGAGAUGUAAAAGGAUUUUAUUAUUACGCUGUUUUCCGAAACCCUAAUGAUAAUACUUCCCUACCUCUGUGCUAUCAGGCAAAACUUCUAGAGUCACGAGUUGGUGUGUACACGGAACUUAUGUGCAUACACUCCGCAUCCGUGUUACGUACUGUUUUUAUACUAAUUUUAUAAUAUGAUAAAUUUGGUUUUUUACUCAUCAA